AUGUUUACCCUUGCAGAAGUUGCCUCACUCAAUGACAUUCAGCCGACGUACCGGAUCCUGAAGCCAUGGUGGGACGUAUUUAUGGAUUACCUGGCGGUCGUGAUGCUCAUGGUGGCCAUCUUCGCGGGCACCAUGCAACUCACUAAAGAUCAAGUGGUCUGCUUGCCGGUGCUGCCUUCUCCUGCGAACUCCAAGGCGCACACACCGCCCGGAAAUGCUGACGUCACCACCGAGGUCCCCAAGAUGGAAACCACCACGCACCGGGACCAGAACGGGCCGACGACAAAGGACGUUUCCCUCGACACAUCUGCCAUGACGCCUGCCACACCCAUGCAAGCCACCCAGCCCCACACGGACUCCACCUUCCCAGAUCAGGAGGUCAAGAAGGAGAAGAGGGACCCCACGGGCCGGAAGACCAACCUGGACUUCCAGCAGUACGUGUUCAUCAACCAGAUGUGCUACCAUCUGGCCCUGCCCUGGUACUCCAAGUACUUCCCAUAUCUCGCUCUCAUACACACCAUCAUUCUCAUGGUCAGCAGCAACUUUUGGUUCAAAUAUCCCAAAACAUGCUCCAAGGUCGAGCACUUUGUCUCAAUAUUGGGCAAGUGCUUUGAAUCCCCCUGGACCACGAAGGCGCUGUCCGAGACGGCGUGUGAGGACUCCGAGGAGAACAAGCAGAGGAUGACGGGGGCCCAGACGCUGCCGAAGCACGUGUCCACCAGCAGCGACGAGGGCAGCCCCAGCGCCAGCACCCCCAUGAUCAACAAAACCGGCUUCAAGUUCUCGGCGGAGAAGCCGGUGGUGGAGGUCCCCAGCGUGACCAUCCUGGACAAGAAGGACGGGGAGCAGGCCAAAGCCCUGUUUGAGAAGGUGCGGAAGUUCCGCGCCCACGUGGAGGACAGCGACCUGAUCUAUAAGCUCUACGUGGUCCAGACCCUCAUCAAAACGGCCAAGUUCAUCUUCAUCCUCUGCUACACUGCCAACUUCGUCAACGCCAUCAGCUUCGAGCACGUGUGCAAGCCGAAGGUCGAGCACCUGACGGGGUAUGAGGUGUUCGAGUGCACGCACAACAUGGCCUACAUGCUGAAGAAGCUCCUCAUCAGCUACAUCUCCAUCAUCUGCGUCUACGGCUUCAUCUGCCUGUACACGCUCUUCUGGCUCUUCAGGAUCCCGCUGAAGGAGUACUCCUUUGAGAAGGUGCGAGAGGAGAGCAGCUUCAGUGACAUCCCGGACGUCAAGAACGACUUCGCCUUCCUCCUGCACAUGGUGGACCAGUACGACCAGCUCUACUCCAAGCGCUUCGGCGUGUUCCUGUCGGAGGUGAGCGAGAACAAGCUGAGGGAGAUCAGCCUGAACCACGAGUGGACCUUCGAGAAGCUUCGGCAGCACGUGUCCCGCAACGCUCAGGACCGGCAGGAGCUGCACCUGUUCAUGCUGUCCGGAGUGCCCGACGCCGUGUUCGACCUCACGGACCUGGACGUGCUCCGGCUGGAGCUGAUCCCCGAGGCCAAGAUCCCCGCCAAGAUCUCCCAGAUGACCAACCUGCAGGAGCUGCACCUGUGCCACUGCCCGGCCAAGGUGGAGCAGACGGCCUUCAGCUUCCUCCGAGACCACCUGCGCUGCCUGCACGUCAAGUUUACCGACGUGGCCGAGAUCCCCGCCUGGGUGUACCUGCUCAAGAACCUCCGAGAGCUGUACCUGGUCGGCAACCUGAACUCGGAGAACAACAAGAUGAUCGGGCUGGAGUCCCUGCGCGAGCUGCGCCACCUCAAGGUCCUCCACGUAAAGAGCAACCUCACCAAAGUCCCCUCCAACAUAACGGACGUGGCGCCACACCUCACCAAGCUCGUCAUUCACAACGACGGCACCAAGCUCCUGGUGCUCAACAGCCUCAAGAAGAUGAUGAACGUGGCCGAGCUGGAGCUGCAGAACUGUGAGCUGGAGCGGAUCCCGCACGCCAUCUUCAGCCUCUCCAACUUACAGGAGCUGGACCUGAAGUCCAACAACAUCCGCACGAUCGAGGAGAUCAUCAGCUUCCAGCAUUUGAAGCGGCUGACUUGCCUCAAGCUGUGGCACAAUAAAAUUGUGACCAUCCCGCCCUCCAUCACCCACGUCAAGAACCUGGAGUCCCUCUACUUCUCCAACAACAAGCUGGAGUCCUUACCGGUGGCAGUGUUCAGUUUACAGAAACUCAGGUGCCUGGAUGUCAGCUAUAACAGCAUCUCCGCCAUCCCCAUCGAGAUCGGCCUGCUCCAAAACCUGCAGCAUUUGCACGUCACAGGGAACAAAGUGGACCUGCUGCCCAAACAGCUGUUCAAGUGCGUGAAGCUGAGGACUUUGAACCUGGGGCAGAACUGCAUCAGCUCCCUCCCGGAGAAAAUCGGUCAGCUGUCCCAGCUCACGCAGCUGGAGCUGAAGGGGAACUGCCUGGACCGCCUGCCGGCCCAGCUGGGCCAGUGUCGGAUGCUCAAGAAGAGCGGGCUUGUCGUGGAGGACCAGCUGUUUGACACGCUGCCACUGGAAGUCAAAGAGGCAUUGAACCAAGACGUGAAUGUCCCCUUUGCCAAUGGGAUUUAAACCGAACGAACGCGGGCGGGCCCAGCCACGUACCGGGACAACGUCCUAGACUGCAGACGCUCACUCGCAAGUCAUUCCAAGAUAACGAAUUUUAGGAGUAGGUCUGCCCUCCAGACAAAACACGACGCACCCAGGCUGAGAGCAGACAAAACUGAACGUUCGGCGUUUGUAGUGUUUUAAGUCAUUCGUUUCCGAAUCUUUUCUUUACUUUUUUUGUUGUUGUUUGUUUGUUUUGUUUUGUUUUUCUUCUUCUUCUGGGGAAAGGGAAGGAAAAAUUAUAAUCACUGAUCUCAGUUGUUUUUAAAUUGUAAGUUGGAUGCGGCUGCUGGCUGAAUGUUUACACAUCGCUUGCCUGCUAAAGUAAAUGAUUAAAUUGACUUUCUUCUUACUACCUUGCCUUUUUUUGAGGUGUCGUGAUUUAUUUUUGCUUAACUGGUGCAAUAUUGCUUAACCUUGGAUCGUUGAAGACACAAGGGGCCAAACUCACAAAUUUAGAUUUGCUAAACUAUUGACUUCUUUACUGUUUUAAUUUAAAGCAAGUGAACGGAGUGCUUCCUGGAGCAUUCGGUAGCACUGUGCCCCUGGGAAUCCCACACCAGACUUUACAGUCUUGACGUCCCGGAACGAAGUGGAGGUGUGAGGAGGGUCAGGAGCCUUCGUUUCCUAAGAACAAAUACUAAAAAACAAUAUGUCCUUUAAUAGUCACGUUCUGUCCAUAGGCUGGAGUUUUGGAUAUGUGUGGUACACUUUUGUGCCAAUAUGAUAGGAUUUCCAAUAAGUGGAAAAUGUGUUUUAAAAAUAAAUUUCAUAACAAUAAAAUUCAUUUAUCUAAA